CAUGUGCGACGCUCGCCAAAGCGCGACACUCCCCACACCCAGGGCUCACUGAGCGCUGAAGUGAACAGAGCAGUGCGGCGAUCUAUCUGCUCUCUCAUCUCUAUCCACUAUAAGAAUCUCCUAAGAAAAACAAAAACACAACACCAGCCGUGGAUUUAUUACUGCACACAAGGAUCCCUCCCGGUCCGACACAGUUUUUUGAGCUUGAACUUGCUGAAGAAAAUGUCGACUUCAGUACUAUCUUCCAUUUACGACUUCGACCUGUUGUACAGGCAGGAGAAAAGCCAAGGCUCUAAUGCAAUGCACCUGAACAACGUGUUGGAUAGGAGAACCGUGGGGAUCCCGCUCUCCACCUCCAAUAAAAACAAUAACAGGUUCAACGCGGGCGGCUACUUCCGGGCUAACUCCAUCAGCCACAUGGACUCCAUCAGCGGUGGCAAGGAGAGCCCUACACCAGCAUAUAUGAAUAAGGAGAACAAGUUUCGCGACCGCGCCUUUAGCGAGACAGGGGAACGUGGUCAACAGCUGCAGGAAAUGCUCCAGCCCAAGCCCGGCUCUCAGAUCAACUCCACCCGCUAUAAAACCGAGCUGUGCAGGCCUUUCGAAGAAAACGGUUCCUGCAAGUACGGCGAGAAGUGCCAGUUUGCGCACGGCUAUCACGAACUGCGCAAUCUUUCCCGCCAUCCCAAGUACAAGACCGAGCCAUGCCGCACCUUUCACACCAUAGGUUUCUGUCCAUACGGCCCGCGCUGCCACUUCAUCCAUAACGUCGACGAGCGCAGAGCCGCGCCGAAUACACAGCAGAGACUCCAGCGAGGCGAGUGCGCGCUCCCGACCGACAAGGAGUCCGCUCCGUUUUUCACGCACAAGGACAGACCCAGGUUGCACCACAGCCUGAGUUUCUCGGGUUUCUCAAGCUCUCACAGUGCCAUGAUCGAGAGCCCUACGUCUCGCACGCCGCCGCCGCCCACCCCCUGCGCGCUCUCGUUCUUCGAGGACUCACUGGCUCCGAGUCCACACUGCUUAAACGCCUUUGGGAUCCCCGAACAGGACCUCAAAGCUUUCCUCGCCCCUUUAAUCCCGCACGCCCAAAGUGCUUUCAGUGGGCAGGCCUCGUACGGGCCGCAAACGUCGCCUCCGUUCCCAGUGAGCUCGUUAGCGCCACUGCGCCUUAUCUCCGACUCCCCGCCGGUGUUUGACUCCCCACCAAGCCCUCUGGACUCCCUCUCGGACCCGGAGAGCUUCGUCAGCGGCUCCCGCUGCUCGUCCGGCACGAUCAGUGGCUCCGAGUCGCCCAGCCUGGAUUCAAACAGACGCCUGCCAAUUUUCAGCAGGCUGUCCAUCUCAGACGACUGAUUAUUAUUAUUAUUAUUAUUAUUAUUAUUAUUAUUAUUAUUAUUAUUAUUGAUUUAUUGUUGUUGUUUUUUAUUAUUAUUAUUAUUUCAUAUUAUUGUUAUUAAUAUUUUUAUUUUAUAAUAAUAACUAUAAUAAUUAUAAUAAUCAUCACAGAUGGUGUUUGUUAAGCAGGUCACCCCAAGCUUGAGGGUUUAAAAAAACAAAACAAAACAAAAAAAAAACAACAAAUAACCAAGAAGGUGCCUUAUAAUCAAGGGCUAAUCAAGGGCUCUUGUUUUUGUCCGAUAAAGUAGCUAAAUCGGGAAAAACGUGUGAUGUGCCUUGUUUUCACAGCGCCCCCAUACGGCGUGUGUCAGUCAGUGCAGUUUUUUGCUGCUGGUGGAAUGUCGCUGCAUUUAUUAAUGCGUUUUUAAGUGCUAUCAUUGCGCUUUGCUACAUGCUAUGAAAUUUAUUUAACUUAUUUAUUGUCAUGUGAAAAGUAUGGCCUCUGUGGAUCAAUUGAGUCCGUGUAGUAUUUAUCAAGUCCAAAGCAAUACAUUUAUAUUUCUUUUUAAAUUAUGAUUAUGAUCUCCAUUGUUAAUCUGGAAUCACUUGUUUUUUUUUCUAACAAUAAUAUAUUUUUGUUAUAUUUGGGGGGGUAAAUGUGUUGUAAAUAAGUUAAUAAUUUAUAAAAAUGUAUGCUAUUUAUUUCAGUUUUGUUUACGACGUGUUAUAAGAGUGGGAGCAUCUAAAGAGGCCUCAUUUCUGGGUUAGUUUGGGGUUGUUGUUUUUUUUUUUUUGGGGGGGGGGGGGCAGAGGAUCUCUGGGCAUUUGAUUUGUAUAGGAUGUAUAGGAGUCUUUACAAGGUAUAAUGUUGAACUAGCCUUCACAAUUCAAACCUUCACAAAACAUAAGGACGAUACAGACAACCAAAAAAAAUCACCUUUGUUUGCACAUAGUUGCACUAUUUCAGUCAAGUGCCAGGGAAUGUAGCAGUCACUUAUUAUCUUGAUGUUAACCUUCUAAAAUGUGCCUAUGGAGUAAAUGAUCUCACAUACUGUAGAUCAGUUUAACUAAGGAUUAUGUUUUAGUGCCUAUGUCAAGCAAAUUCAGUUGAAUGUAGUUUUUGUUUAUGUAGAUCAAGAUGACAUUGAUUUAGACUAUUUAAAUGCUUUUAUUCAGUUAAGAUCGUUUUUGUUUUGGAUCAUUUUGAAUACACCAUUCCUUAUAAUAUGAUUACAAAAUAAAUACAGUUUGUAUUUUUACUUCAUAUAGAUGAACUAAACUUGCUGGUCGGGGAAGUACUUUGAAAAUAUGUUGUAUAAUGUAGUUAACUUGUGAUGAUCAGUUGGACUACUUGGAUUGGAAGGUAAAAAAACAAUAAGUUUGAAUGUAAAGACAGGUAAGUUUGAUUCAUGAGGGAUUGUGUAUGCAGAGGCAUCAAUUUGUACUUUGAAAUAUUUUACAUUGAUAUCCUAAUAAAGAUACCUUUUAAAUAAAA